UUUUUACUAUUCUGUUAAUCCUUCAAUUUUCUCAAGGGCUUAUUAUGUAGCUACACAACGAAACUACUGAGCGUCUCUUCCAAAGAAAUGGCAGAAACACUUCUGACUGAAAUUGUGAAGAAGUUGGGUUCCGCUCUUCUCCAAGAGAUGGGACUUGUGUGGGGCGUCAAGGAUGAACUUGAGAAACUCAUAAACACAGUUUCCACAAUCGGAGCUGCACUUGCCGAUGCAGAGGAGCAGCAACUCACAAACCAUGAGGUUGAAGACUGGCUCCAUAAACUCAAUGAUGCCACCCAACUUCGCCGUCAGGCUAUGACUCCCAACACAAGGCUAAAGAAGGUUCUUGGAGCUUGGGGGAGGGGAAAGUCUAAGGCCAAAAAAGCAAAAGACAAACAGAGGCAGCAUGAGGGUGGUAACAUGUUCUUUCGGCCCAUUACACAAAGGCUGGAGAACUGCAUCCAAACCCAAGUAUGGUGGGUCAAGAAUGGGAAUGCUAUUUUGUGCCUCAGAAUCUUCGUAGGUUUUGUAGCAAGUUGAUGUUGAAAAUCACUUGAUGAAUGAUGCCCUAUUUUACUUGCAAAUUCAAAUAUCUAAGCUCCAGUACUGAGAUUCACAACCGUGGCUUGUGAGCCCGUAAUACUUGAGAACUUGUGUGCACCAGAUCAGUAUUACAUUAAAUUGAUAAAUGUUAAUGAAAUGAGUUGUUGUUUACUGUGGAUAUUGAUUUUUGGACAUAUUUCUGCUUCUAGUUUGUAUUAUUAUUA